CGGCCCUGACUGAUGUUCUUAUAGAUGACAACCAUGUGAAGACAGACACAAAGAGAGCACUAUGUGACAAUGUAGAGUUGACAGGCUGGAGUUAAGCAACUGCAAGCAAAAGAAUGCCAGAGAUUGCUGACAGUCACCAGAAGCCAGGAAGAGGCAAAAGGUUCAGAGGGAGCCUGGCCCUGCUGACACCUUGAUUUGGACUUCAAGCCUCCAGAACUAGAGCAGGGCCCCUUGGAACCCAGCAGAUUGGUGGAGCAGGGACCCUAGACUUGAGGGCUGUGCAGGGAGGGAGUGCUCUGAGGUUCCUUUGGUCUUUAAGGUUCAUGAGAAUCCCAUGGUUGCCCAGGACAUUAAGGAUGGGGUAAGUCCAUUCCCCUUUUGCUCACUUUAUCUGUAAAAUAGGAGACAUCUUGCCUUGCGUGGGUGUGAACAUGGCAGAGGAUUGGGGUCGUCAGGCGGCAAAGUACUGGGCUAGAGUGCUCUGCUGCUGAAGCCCUACUGUCCCCACCUCAACGUGGGGGCCCACCAGGAUGAGCAAACUGCCUGGGGAGCUGACCCGGGACUUGGAGCGCAGCUUGCCAGCUGUGGCCUCCCUAGGCACAUCACUGUCCUGCAGCCAGAGCCUGUCCUCGCAUCUCCUCCCACCACCUCCAGAGAAUCGCAGGGCCAUCUCUGAUGUCCGCCGCACCUUCUGCCUUUUUGUCACCUUCGACUUGCUCUUCAUCUCCCUCCUCUGGAUUAUUGAGCUGAAUACCAACACAGGUAUCCGCAAAAACCUGGAGCAGGAGAUCAUUCACUACAGCUUUAAAACCUCCUUCUUUGACAUCUUUGUUCUGGCCUUCUUCCGCUUUUCUGGACUGCUCCUUGGCUAUGCCGUGCUGCGGCUCCGGCACUGGUGGGUGAUUGCGGUUACUACAUUGGUGUCCAGUGCAUUCCUCAUUGUCAAGGUCAUCUUGUCUGAGCUGCUCAGCAAAGGAGCAUUCGGCUACCUGCUCCCCAUCGUCUCCUUUGUCCUCGCCUGGUUGGAGACCUGGUUCCUCGACUUCAAAGUUUUACCCCAGGAGGCUGAGGAGGAAAGAUGGUAUCUUGCUGCCCAGGCUGCUGUUGCCCGUGGACCCCUACUGUUCUCCGGUGCUCUCUCUGAGGGCCAGUUUUACUCACCCCCAGAAUCCUUUGCAGGGUCUGACAAUGAAUCAGAUGAGGAAGUCACAGGGAAGAAAAGUUUCUCUGCCCAGGAGAGGGAGUAUAUCCGCCAGGGGAAGGAGGCCACCGCAGUGGUAGACCAGAUCUUGGCCCAGGAGGAGAACUGGAAAUUUGAGAAGAAUAAUGAGUAUGGGGACACUGUAUAUACCUUUGAGAUUCCAUUUCAUGGCAAGACCUUCAUUCUGAAGACCUUCCUGCCCUGCCCUGCGGAGCUGGUGUACCAGGAAGUGAUCCUGCAGCCUGAGAGGAUGGUAUUAUGGAACAAGACAGUGACCGCCUGCCAGAUUCUGCAGCGGGUAGAAGACAAUACCCUCAUCUCCUAUGAUGUGUCUGCAGGAGCUGCGGGUGGUGUGGUCUCCCCCAGGGACUUUGUGAACAUCCGGCGCAUCGAGCGGCGCAGAGACCGAUACCUGUCAUCAGGCAUUGCCACCACACACUGUGCCAAGCCCCCAACACACAAAUAUGUCAGGGGAGAGAAUGGUCCUGGGGGCUUCAUUGUGCUCAAGUCGGCCAGUAACCCGCGAGUCUGCACCUUCAUCUGGAUUCUUAACACAGAUCUCAAGGGCCACCUGCCUCGGUACCUCAUCCACCAGAGCCUUGCAGCCACCAUGUUUGAAUUUGCCUUUCACCUGCGGCAGCGUGUUGGAGAGCUGGGGGCCCGGGCAUGACCAUGUCUUCUCGUCCACCCUGCAGGCCAGGGUCCUGUCACCACAGACUCCAGAGCUGAAAAGGGGAACUGGUUGGGCUUCCUCCUACCCAUGGAGAUCCACACACUAAGCAGCAGGGGGCACCUUGGUCCCAAGCUGCCCCCCUCCACUGAGCUGUACUGCCUGACAGCCAUGGCCCGAGCAAUUGCAGGGUUGAACACUUGGACUCUGGGGCGCCACUGGCUCUGAAGGAAGCAGUCUGUCCUGCUGAUGUUUGCACAAUGCCCCUGCCUCCCAGAGGAGAAGAUCCCUGUCCCCUGCCUUGCCAGGGACAGGGCUGGGCUGGGAACCUCAGACUUAAUUACCCAUGGGGAGGGGAGAGCCGGGUCCCUAGGCAGGACAGAGCAGGGCACCUUGCCUCCAGUGUUAAGGUGGAGUAGCCUUUCUUCUGCCUGCUCU